AUGAGCAUCGCAAUAGUUGUCAUGACUGACACUACCCAGACCAAUUCUUUUGAUUGGAGCAUCCGAGUACAAAGCGUGAUACUGUCAUCAUUCUUCUGGGGUUACCUGAUUCUGCAAGUAGUUGCUGGAGAGCUAGCCAAUAGGUUUGGUGGCAAAAUAUUAACAAUAAUUUGCGUAGGAGUCAACGCUUUAGCUUCGUUAGCACUGCCAAUGUGCGCUUAUUAUGGAGGAUGGCAAACGGUUUGCGCCUGUAGAGUAAUCCAAGGUUUAUUUCAAGGAUUUCUCAUGCCGGCGGCGCAUAAUCUUCUCGCAAAAUGGGCUCCGUUGAAUGAGAAAACACGGAUAGGAGUCUUUGUGUACGUUGGAGCACAGUUGGGUACAGCCCUUCAGUUACUGACAGGCGGUAUCAUAGCGGAUUACUGGGGUUGGUCUUCUAUAUUCUACUCAAAUGGAAUACUUGGAGUUCUCUGGGCGAUUUUGUACAUGGUACUUGGCUCGAAUUCGCCACAAGAAUCGAAAAUAAUCAGCGAACAAGAGAAAAGAUAUAUUCAAAUAUCGCUGGGACAUGUUGGUGGCCAUCAAAAACUAAAAACUCCAUGGAGAUCCAUAGCCACAUCUCUGCCUUUCCUGUCUGUAGUUGUUGCUCACUGUGGCUUCAAAUGGGGCUUCUAUACCCUCCUUACUGAAAUACCAACGUACAUGCACAAAGUAUUUGGAGUGAAUAUUAAAACCAAUGGCAUGUUAUCCGCGCUCCCGUAUUUAGCCACAUUCGUACUAAGUUUUCCUUUUAGUUUUAUGUCGGACAUAAUCAUAAACAGAAAGUGGCUGAGGAUUACCACAUCAAGAAAGUUUUUCAAUUCAAUUGGAUACUUCGGUCCUGCGGUUAUAUUAAUUGCCCUAGCCCAUGUACCAGCAGGUAAUGUUACCUUGGCGAUCAUCCUUCUCACUCUUGCUGUUGGAAUUAAUGCUGCAUUUUACAGUGGAUAUAUGCUAGGCUCGUUGGAUAUGGCUCCAAACUUCGCCGGAACAUUGAUGGGGAUAUCGAAUACUAUCGCAAACUCAAUGGCUAUUUUGUCACCCUUGGUGAUAGGUGUCAUAUUAUCUGAUGAAACCGAUAUAAAGGAAUGGCGAAUUGUGUUUUAUAUGUCAGCUGCUGUGUAUAUUGUAACAAAUAUAUUCUACGUCAUUUUUGGAAACAGCGAAAGACAAUAUUGGAACGAACCUUGUGCUGAAUAA